AUGUCUGCGGAGGGCCUCCCUGGGGCGCCGGGGCCGGGGGGCGCGCUCCUCCCCGCCUCUGCCGGCAGCGUGCCCGGGCUUCACGGCUCCCUGAUGCCGAAGGACACCGUCUCCGUUAAAGAAAACUGGCUUACUGUUGCCCCCACCUGGAAGAUAAUCGGAGGGAUUCACUGUGUAUUUGCCAUUUUGACUAAACCAAUGGUUUCAACUGGGAUCCGUGGACUACUUCUAAAGGAUCUGCGAAAGGGAGAGCCAGGGCGGCCGGUGCCGCAAAGAGAGCCAUUUGUAGGGUUAAGUGUUUCAGCCUUGUCCCACGGGCAGCCUCGCCGGACUUCGGGGAAUGGGAUUUCCCACUUGCCGGGGACCACCCCCCAGUCCGAGGCACAGCCGGCCCCCCGGGGGCCAGACCCGGCGGGCAGGGGGCAGCGGAGGGGGCUCCCCUGGGUGUUCGCUCCCUCGCACGGCUCCCUCGGGGCUCCGGUGGCCGGAGCUACCUCGGAUCUACCCACCCACGGAAGCGCUUUGCCUUCACCCUCCAGAUUUCCCUUUCCUCCGCCGUCCUGGCAAAGGCGAUCCCCGCGGACAUACCCUCGGAAGAGAAGUCCUCCUUACGAGGGGCAGCGGCAAAGCCCCCUCCUUUCCCCUCGACCCGGAGAGCGGGGCUCUGAAGGGGUCCCCGGGCUCGCCUCAGGGAUGCCCGGGCUGGUUAGGGGGCUGUGGGGUGUCCUGUCCCCUGUCCCCGUCCUUACACGGAGCCUCCUCUGGGCCCUGACGGGCAGCUGCGGGGGAGGGGGAAGCGGGGCAGCGGCUUGUCUCCCCGGCCUGGCCGCUGUGGGAGGCUGCUGGGGACCAGCGUGGCCACAGCUCUGCGCUCCCCCCAAAGUGAGCUCCAUCAGCCGCAUCCUGCGGAGCAAGUUUGGGAAAGGUGAGGAAGAGGAGGCCGAGCUGGAAAGGAAGGAGGUGGAGGAAGGCGACAAGAAGGCCAAGCACAGCAUUGACGGCAUCCUCAGCGAAAGAGCAUCAGCACCCCAGUCUGAUGAAGGCUCUGACAUCGAUUCUGAACCAGAUUUACCUUUAAAAAGAAAGCAGCGUCGCAGCAGGACAACUUUCACAGCAGAGCAACUGGAAGAGCUGGAAAGAGCUUUUGAGAGGACACACUACCCUGAUAUUUAUACCCGGGAAGAACUUGCGCAGAGAGCCAAACUCACAGAGGCUCGUGUCCAGGUCUGGUUUAGUAACCGUCGCGCUAGAUGGAGGAAACAGGCAGGAGCCAAUCAACUGAUGGCUUUCAACCAUCUGAUCCCAGGAGGAUUUCCACCCAGUGCCAUGCCAACUUUGCCGACGUACCAGCUCUCUGAGCCCUCCUAUCAACCCACCUCCAUACCGCAAGCCGUGUCUGAUCCGAGCAGUACCGUCCAUAGACCUCAGCCUCUCCCUCCAAGCACUGUACACCAAAGCAGCCUCCCUUCGAAUCCAGAGAGCAGCUCUGCCUAUUGCCUACCCAGCACCAGGCAUGGAUUUUCCAGCUAUACAGACAGCUUUGUGCCUCCGUCCGGGCCCUCAAAUCCCAUGAACCCUGCCAUUGGCAAUGGCCUUUCACCUCAGGUAAUGGGACUCCUGACUAACCACGGUGGUGUGCCUCACCAGCCCCAAAGUGAUUAUGCCCUGUCCCCUUUAACCGGGGGCCUGGAGCCCACCACCACUGUCUCGGCCAGCUGCAGCCAGCGGCUAGAUCAUAUGAAGAGUCUAGACAGCCUGCCUACAUCCCAGUCCUACUGCCCGCCAACCUACAGCACCACGGGUUACAGCAUGGACCCCGUCACAGGCUACCAGUACGGACAGUACGGACAAAGUGCCUUUCAUUAUCUGAAGCCAGAUAUUGCGUAAAUGAACUGUCCACUUCAAGUUAAAGCUGGUCUUGUUUUCCGGUCUCACUCCAAGGCUUGGAUACGAGGGAUCUUCUCAACACGCUGCAGU